CUUUGAAUCUCCUCUUUGACUCUCUCUCUCUCUCUCUCUCUCUCUCUCUGCCUAAUAUCCGCCAGAAGCUGAAGCCUAGUCCUCCAUUGUAAUACUUACAUUGCUCUCUUCAGCUUCCCUUUCAGGCUUCUCUCUCUGGUCUACACCGGCUUUAAGCUCUCAGGACAGCUCCCUUUCCCCUUUUGGACAGUGCUAGCUCUUCUCUUUUGUUUUCCACUGCCAGAGCAAAGCCGCUGAAGUAUGUGAACCUUGCAAUCAGAGUGGAGAUGUAGUUAUGCUGCUAGUGCAAGAUAUAGUUUGUCGAUGAUGGAUGCUGAGCAGUAGAUUGAUUCAAUCUAAUAAAACUUUGUCAUGUGUGAUGGCCUCAAAAACUGGUGCAAGAGCUUCCACGAGACAGCAACAGAAAACAGCAGGCGUUCAGACAGUAGAGGCAAAUGAUCUGAGGCCUUUAGCUCCACAGUUUUUAAAGGCAAGCAAACCCGAGUUAGUAGUGCCCGAAGAAUUACCGAAAUAUGUUCAGCACACAUUAAAGGAGGUUAGGGGUGAAGGUGCUGAAAAUAAAGUCUCAUCAAAUUCUAAUCAAAAGGUGUUGUCCAAUUCUUUAAUUAAUAAAUUUGAUUCAAGUUCAUCCUUACUGGGUCUUGAGCAAGCAGCAACUGGUGUAGAUUCUUCUGUCGAUGAUACAAGAGGCUCACUGGAAGGUUUUGUCGAUCAAGAAAAGAAGACAUCAGUGUAUGAGAGCGUGAAGAACAGUUCAGUUUCUGCGAAAGUUAGUGAUGGGACCAGCAGUCUUGCCAAAACCAGUGGAAGUGCCAAGAUUAGUGAUCGUGUUGAUUUUGUUGAGAGUGGAAAGAGCAGUAUGUGUAGAGGUAGCACAAGCAGUGAUAUAAGCGAUGAGAGUACCUCUAGCAGCUUUAGUAGCAGUAUCAGCAAACCGCACAAAGCAAAUGACAUGAGAUGGGAAGCCAUCCAAGCUAUUCGAGCAAGAGACGGGGCUUUGGGGUUGGGCCAUUUUAGACUGCUGAAGAGGCUUGGCUGUGGGGACAUUGGUAGUGUCUAUCUGUCUGAGUUAAGUGGAACUAAAUGCUACUUCGCAAUGAAGGUUAUGGAUAAAGGGUCUCUAGCAACUCGGAAGAAGCUGCUUCGUGCUCAGACAGAACGAGAGAUACUUCAGUCUCUGGACCAUCCCUUCCUUCCAACAUUAUACACCCACUUUGAGACAGAUAAGUUCUCAUGUUUGGUAAUGGAGUUCUGUCCUGGAGGAGAUUUGCACACUCUGAGGCAGAGGCAGCCAGGAAAGCAUUUCCCUGAGCAGGCAGUCAAAUUCUAUGUAGCAGAGGUCCUGCUAAGUCUAGAGUACCUCCACAUGCUUGGUAUUGUCUACCGUGAUCUUAAGCCAGAAAAUGUCCUUGUGAGGGAUGAUGGACACAUAAUGCUCUCUGACUUUGACCUUUCACUCCGCUGUGCUGUUAGCCCAACUCUUGUCAAAACCUCAUCUAUGGAAUCUGACCCAUUCCGGAAAAACCCUGUUUACUGUGUCCAGCCAGCUUGCAUUGAGCCUUCCUGCAUUCAGCCAUCCUGCGUAGUCCCUACAACAUGCUUCUCACCGCGCCUCUUUUCAAGCAAGUCUAAGAAGGACAGGAAACCUAAAAAUGACAUAGGUAACCAAGUCAGCCCAUUACCUGAGCUCAUUGCUGAGCCAACUGAUGCCCGGUCUAUGUCUUUUGUUGGGACGCAUGAAUACUUGGCACCCGAGAUCAUUAAGGGUGAAGGUCAUGGAAGUGCUGUUGAUUGGUGGACUUUUGGAAUCUUUCUGUAUGAAUUACUGUUUGGUAAAACUCCUUUUAAGGGAUCUGGAAAUCGAGCUACACUGUUCAAUGUUGUGGGUCAGCCUCUGCGUUUUCCAGAAUCGCCGGUUGUCAGUUUUGCAGCGAGGGAUCUCAUAAGGGGGUUGCUUGUAAAGGAACCACAGCAUAGAUUGGCCUAUAAACGAGGGGCAACUGAGAUCAAGCAGCACCCUUUCUUUGAAGGUGUUAAUUGGGCAUUGAUACGCUGUGCUACUCCGCCUGAGAUCCCAAAACCUGUCGAGAUGGAGAGAUUACCUGCUCCAACAGCAUCAACAAGCGAAAAAACUGCUGCGGCUACACCUGCUCCUGAGCAGAAAGGUUCGGAUAAUUAUCUUGAAUUUGAUUUCUUUUAGUGAUGAUUGGUGUUGAUUGCAAGUAGUUUAUAUAGGAUAACUGUUUUGAAUAUUUCAGGGAUUAAUAUUGGUGAUUAUGAAGUUCUUUUCAUUUCUACUUUUAUAAAGAAUUUAGGGGGAAUUGUAUGGUUGUUA